ACUCUAAACAAAUCAAAAUGUUCAAAUUCGCCGCUAUUGUCUUGAUGGCCGUCAUCGCCUGCGUUGCUGCUAAACCCGGUGUUGUUGCUCCUUUGGCUUAUACUGCUCCUUUUGCUGGCAGCGCUGUUGUCUCCCAGGAAUAUCAUGGUAACUUUGCUGCUCCCUAUGUAGCUGCCUCUCCUUAUGUUGCUGCCGCCUCACCCUACGUUGCUUCUCCUUACGUAGCCUCUCCCUAUGUUGCCUCACCAUACGUUGCUGCUCCAUACGCUGCUGCUCCUUACGCUGCUUAUGCUGCUGCCUCUCCUUACGUAGCUGCUCCCUACACUGCUCCUCUUUUGUUGAAGAAGUAAAUUAAUUGACUGUUAACGAUUUGUUGUUUACGCUAGAUACUCAGGAAUGUUUUUAGUUGAAUUUUAUUAAAUUAAUAAAAUAAUUGAAUAAAAAAAAAUAUACAUAUGAUUUAUUAUAAAAAACCACUGUAA